AUGGCGUACUCAUUGGCGACCUCCUUUAUGGGAGACUCUCUCAUCUCUGGCUUCGAAUUUUUCAACGGCACUGAUCCUUCCAAUGGAUUCGUACAAUACCAGGACCUAAGAGGUGCCUGGAAAUAUGGCCUUUACUCCGUGGAUCCUUUUAGCGAAAAUGUUCGACUUAGACCCGACUCUAUCAACAAAUUCGGAUUGGACGAAGGAAGGCCAAGUGUUCGACUCGAAAGUAAGGAGUCCUACCAAUACGGGCUUUUCAUUGCGGAUUUCCAACACAUGCCCAUUUCUCAAUGUGGUACCUGGCCAGCUUUCUGGGCAUAUGGAGCUAAUUGGCCUAUGGGCGGCGAAGUCGAUAUCCUUGAGGGUGCCAACCUCGCAUACACCAACAUCAUGUCUGCACAUACGGCCGAAGGUUGUAUGUUGGACCCAGCAGACUCCAGUCUCUUCUCUGGCGAACGUCUUGGCCUAGAUUGUGGUGUUGGUAGUGACAAUGUCGGAUGUGGUUUUCGCCCUCCUGAGAGCGAUACUUCCUCUUAUGGCGAUGCCUUCAACGCCAUUGGUGGGGGUGUAUACGCUAUGGAAUGGGAUUCAGAGUACAUCUCAAUUUGGCACUUCCCACGAGGUGCAAUCCCGUCUGAUAUCGAGGCCAAGAGACCUGAUCCCCGCAGAUGGGGAAUUCCUCAAAGUCUGUUCGGUGGUUCAAAGUGCAAUGUGGACGACUACUUUAAUGACAUGAGGAUUGUCUUGAACAUUAACUUCUGCGGCGACUAUGGCGAGGGAACUUGGAGAGAUUCUGAGACCUGCAGAUCUCUCGCUCCAACUUGUCGUGAAUAUGUUGCGAAUAACCCCACGGACUUCCAAGACGCCUAUUACGACGUUAGCUACAUUGAUGUCUACACGCGCAUAGCGGGAUCUAUCCCACCUGUUAUACCUUCGUCGUCCAGUGAGACUUCUACUCAGAUCUCGGAGCCAAACCCCAACACUCCAAUUUCUGGAAACCCCCCGUUUCCUAGCACAGGUUUCCCGAGCAACUCUUCCACGACCGCUCGUCCAAACCCCAGCGGGAAACUUUCUCAGUCAGAGGAACCCACCACGACAACGACUACCACGGGAAUUUCAUCAGUCUUGGUUACUAUACCCGGCUCUGGCACUGUUAGUCCAACUGUUAGCCCUAUUCCUGUCGCCACGGGUGGUCGUUCGGUGAAUCCAGCCAAGGUUGGAGAUUAUUCGUACCUCGGCUGUUUUGGUUCGCAGGCUGGUUUCCAGACUUUCGACCUGAGUACCGAGAGCGAUGAUAUGACCAUUGAGCAGUGCGUUGAUUCUUGUAAUGGUUUAACUUACAUUGGUAUCUUUGAAGGAUCAUGUUACUGCGCCUCCAAGCUCAACGCCGACACCCGUGCUGUCCGGAAUGAAACGUCUUGUAAUCGUCCCUGCCCAGGCGAUGAUGAGCAGUUCUGCGGUGGCAUGGUCUCUCAGAGCACUAGCACCAGGUCCAGACGAAGCGUCCCUCUUCGUCGAGACGCCCCAAACAACAUCCUUCUUACAGUUUAUGCCGACAUUUCUGAUGCCGACCAGCCUGAAGUACCACCUGCUAUGGGGCCUGUUGCUGCUGGAACUACAUCAGUCAGCGGUGGUGUUGUCGACAGUCCAGUUAGCUCAGCUGCUGCGAGUGACCAGGAUAGCUCAAAUACGCAAGACGACUCAAGUGCUCAAAACGAACCAACCCUGUCUAAUUUGGUUGGCCUGACCGCAUCCAACGACCUGACUGAUACUGGUUCCGUGCCCCCUACAACCAAAAUGGGUGCUGAUAUUACGGAUGCUACUGAUGUUGCACCAGUAGUUGGUACUGCUGUGGCCACUGAAGCAGCGGCUCUUGAUCCUGCCGUGGCUACCGAUACCGAUGGCACAAUUGAUGCAGACGCAGAUCCUGUGGUGGUUCUUGGCACUGCUUCAAACGGCCAGGUGAUUGAAGCUACCGGAGCUUUUGUUGAUGCCAACCGCGAGACAGUUAUAAGCACAAUAUCUUACUUUACUAUACUGCCUUCUAACCCAGGAUCACUCGUCCCCCAAGAGAGCGUUGUUACUAUGCAGUACGAGCAAUGCGAUUAUUGCAAGACCCCAACGCUGAUCAAGCCACCAAUGGCCACGAGAGUGGUUGAAUGCGACGGUUGUGGUACAAAUGGCGAGAACACCGUUACCCUGACCAUUCCCGUUUCCGUUACUGUUACCGUCCCUGGUGGGAACUCAACUCAAGCACAGCAGACCAACAACGCCGAUGCAGUGGCUACAUCGGGAGGCAAUACUGUCCCUCCUGUAGUACCAAGCGGAAUGGAAAGCGAUGGCGAGGGUGGUGAAUCAUCUCCCGACGUAACAACUAUCGUUAUAACAUACCUCACGACCCGCAUCAUCACGUAUGGUACCUCUACAAACUCAGUUACCACCGAGACAAGGACAGCCCGACGGACAGUCGUUGUCACCAUAGCCAAUACUGGUGGUGAAAUGAGCAUCCUACCUGUUCCAUCGCCUAGACAGCCAAACACACCAGUCACUCUUGCUACACCGACACCUGGCGCACCCGUUGUGGUUUCAGGAGCCUCGUCGAGAAGGGAUGACAUAAGUGUUUAUUUUGCCAUUUUGGCCAUGGCAAUUUUGGCUGUGAUGUUGUAA